CUGUUCAGUCCAACAUGUGCUUGGAUACGCUCCAUAUUGAAAGUGUUAGCCGAACUACACAACGAACCCGACUUGAAGAUCAAUUUAAAGUUCGAGAUAGAGGUGAGUCGUGUUCAACAGUUAUCGAUUAUUCCUCGCACAGUUGCCCAAUUUUCCAACAUUCGAUUCACGUGUUGGAGCAGUAAAAAACACGACGGAACAACGAAAGUGCUCUGCAAGGAACUGUCGGUGGAUUUGGAGUCGCUGCCCGUCGAGGGCAUUCUCAAAGAUACAGACCGUCUUGUGAGGGUCACACAACAACUAUCAGACCUCAAGACGUUGCAACAACCAGAUCAAGCGAACAGCAGCCCUGUGCCGGGACAAAUGCGGCUUGCACCGGAUUCGGUGUCAAUGCCUGGUGUGGAUACCAAGCCUUCGACACCGAAUCCGGAAUCAGAAGGAUCGUCAGCGAUUGUUGAAGGAAGUGCCGGUGCAGUUAUAAUACCACCACUUCACUUUGCAUAUCAUGACAUCAAUGUGACGUCCUAUGAGGGCCUCAUACCUCAUAUCAAAGUGCAGUUGUCCUUGCCAUUGUUUCAGCUUCAUCCGCAUAUGAAACAUCAUGUCCGACCAGCCUUGACGCAAGCUAUCAAGGAGCUCAUUGGGCCUGUGGCUGAAAGAGCUCUGAAGAUAGCUAUGAUCGUCACGGAAACCCUUGUACGCAAAGAUUUUGCGCUCGAUCCUGUUGAGGAGAACAUGAAGAAGGCGGCGUUUCAUAUGAUGCGAGCAAUGACCGCCGGAAUGGCGAUGAUCACAUGUCGCGAUCCGCUUGCCGGAACUAUGAUGUCACUGCUACAGCAAUCGUUCACGAAUUCUUUGCGGACUUCGAAUACCGAAUUGGUAGGUACUGAUUUGAUAAAGCACCAUCGGCUUAAUGAAUCUUUCAAGAAAAAGCAGAGUUUUGGGGAUUUUUUUGCUUUCAUGGCA